AUGUCUACGCGCUCCAGCGAUAACCCCCGCUCGGAGGCCCGCGACUCGGCGAUUGCGGGUGCCUGUGCAGGCUUGGUGUCGAGUAUCGUGACCUGUCCUCUGGACGUGAUCAAGACACGCCUCCAAGUCCAGACAGGCAUCCGCUCCGAGAUCGGGGCCUCUACAUCCAGCGUACAAGGUGUAACUCACAUCAUUCGCCACAUCUGGCACGAUGACGGGUUCCGCGGCUUCUAUCGCGGGCUCGGGCCGACGAUGGUCGGCUAUCUGCCGACCUGGGCGAUCUACUUUUCAGUAUACGACGCAGGAAAAACCUUCUUCCGCACGCAUCUGACCACCGACGGAAAAGAAACCUUCCUUACCCACAUUGCGAGCGCCAUGACGGCGGGCGCUGCGAGCACGACGUGUACGAGCCCGCUCUGGGUGGUCAAGACACGCUCGAUGCUCCAAACAUCGAAAGAGCCCGAAGAGCUCCGCUACCGAAAUAUCCUCGACGCGUUUGCCAAAAUUUACCGGCAGGAGGGCAUCGGCGGCUUUUACAAGGGCCUCUUCCCGAGUCUCUUGGGCGUAUCCCAUGUUGUGGUUCAGUUUCCUCUUUACGAGCACUUUAAGCGGCUUGCAAUGGACUACCAGCAGACCGAGGCACUCUCGCCAGGUAUGAUUCUGCUGUGCAGCGGCGGCUCGAAAAUGCUCGCAUCCAUUGCUACAUACCCCCACGAAGUGCUGCGCACACGCCUUCAAAUGGUUCCCGAGCGCGCUGCGAGCGGCGCACAAUCGAACCGCUAUACCGGCUUUGUCCAAGCCAUCCAGCUGAUCGCACGGCAAGAGGGCAUCCACGGCUUCUACAAGGGCAUGGGCGUCAACCUCGUCCGCACCGUACCCAACUCGGGCUUGACGAUCUUGACCUACGAGGUGAUCAUGCACUACUUUAACACCCACUAG